UUGAGCGUUUCGCGGCGGCGGGUUACGAUGCGUGGCGCGUUGUAUCUUUAUUAUUAAUUAUUUGUUGUUGUUGUUUAUACUCUGUACCGUUUUAUUUCCCAUCGCAUCGCUCGUGUGUGUGUGCGCGCGUGUGUCUGUGUCUGUGCGUGUGCCUAUGCGUUUUGCCCCCCAAAUCCCCCAAAACGCCUCACCACCACCCCCCCUCUAACCACUCUGCCGAGAAAAACCCCCCGAAAAUCAAGAAGAAGAAGAGGAAAGAUUACUCCACAAAAGGCAAAACUUCGAAACGCGAGUGUGUGCUAGUGAAAGAUAUAUAAAUUAGAGCCUUGCAACAUGCGGCGGCAGAUGAAGUUUGUUCGGUUUCAGAUCAAAACAAAAUCAUAGGAUAUAUCGCUAUAUAUACAGUACCAGUCAAUCAAUCAAUAUCGUGUGCAUUCAAAUUCCACAUCGUGCCUAAAACUGCAACUGCAAUUGCGCGCCCUCUCUCUCUCUCUCUUUCUCGCUAUAAAAAAUAAAAACACACAAAACGGAAACGGAAGUGCCAGUGACGUAAUACUCCCUAAAAAAACCCAGGAGAAUCCCUCCCACAACCUUCCCCUCAAGAUUGUGCAACAAAAACAAAGCCAAUUUCCGUACACCAUUCCCGUGCAAUAUGCUGAAUGCCAUGAUUUGGCCAUGGCUGACAGUGCGUAGCAAGAGUAUUUACAUAACUGGCCAAACCAUUUUGUACAUCAAAGUGUUCAAGCGUAGGGCCUGAAUAAAAGACGCAUAUUGAAAAUAACAGAUGAACGUUUCCAAGGCAGCGACAGUUCGAAUCGAUGAGAAACAGAUUGCGCCUAAAUGUCUUCCGGAAUUAAUUGUCGUGAAAUUUUCGUAUUUUUGGAAAUUUUGAUUUGGAAUCAAGCAAAACAGAGAAAUCGACAAAACAAUGAGCAUAGCAACAACAAAGGCAGCAGCAGCAGCAACAAUAAGGAAACCAGCAGCAACAGCAGCAGCAACAACAACAGCAACAAGCAACACAAUAAAAAUCACAGCAACCGUAGAAGCAGCAGCAACAACAACAACAACGCAGUGAAAGUGAUAAAGCAGCAGCAGCAGCAACAACAACAACAACAACUGCCCAAAGCAACCAAAAACAAAAACUACAGCAGCAACAACAAUAGCAGCAACAGCAACAACAACAAUCUGCACAUACUGCAAAAGGGUUAAAGUUGCAAGUUCGAUUUAAAUAGAUAUUAUAAAAUCAUAGAGAAUUGCUUUAAAUAAACGAUAACGAUAACGAUAGCGAUAGAUAACUAAAACAAGUUUAAUACAUACGCGAACAAGUGUCUUAUUAACAAAUAGUUUGAUAAACAAAACAAAAAAAAAAACAGACAAAUAAGCAGAUAAUUAAGCGGCAGCAGCAGCAACAUAUAACAUCAGAUCCAAACAACAUCAACAAUUUAGUACCUACAGGCCUGACAACGUUAGAUCAUUAUAUACAUACAUAUAGAUAUAAAAUAUAUAAAAUAUAUAUACACAUAUAUAUCGAUUGGCAAGCCCCUCACACACCGCCCCCCCGCCCCCGUCUCACAAAAACAAAAACAAAA